AUCGAUAUUCUUCACACUCGGAUAACCCAUCUCUAAUAAAAAGACAAAACAAAACCAACUAUUUGUUGAAUCGGUCAUAAACACUGCCAUUAAAACGCUUACGAUGUCCUACUUGGCUAAUUUCAAUAAUGAGAGUGCUAAGCAAAUACUAAUGGAUAUUAUACGAUGUGUCAAUCAGCCAGAAAACUCCAAAAAACUCUCAGAAGCAAAGGCAUCCGCUGGGAAAGAGAUGAUUCUAAUGAUGCAGCAUGUAUUUCCUUUGGUAAUGCAGCUGCAACUUGAGGUCAUCAAGGGACACGGUUUUCCAGGAAACCGCGAGGGCUUAGUACAGUUCUCACAACUCAUCAGGGAAAUGGAACGGGACGAUAUGGAAAUCGCACGCCUGCGCAGUCAGAUUCGUGCUAUCUACUUGCCGCCUAUAGCUAUAAAUACCACUAACGAUAUACUAAUCUAAGCAGGGGGUAGAUCCCCAAAACAAGACUGUAUUGCUGGCCUGUUUCGGUUUCAAACUUAUUUUAAUUUUUUACUUGCCCUUAAUUAUCAAUACAAUUAUACAAAUAAUCCAUUUUUCUAAAAAAUAAUUCCAACAUAAAAAUCAGAAACCCAAGGCAGGCCCAUAAAAUAGACUUAAGUUUGAUGUUCUUAAAAAAUGCAUUUCUUUUGAUAAA